ACCGCGGUUGUUGACGAUGCCAAUGACUUUACACUGAAGAACGGCUACGAUCUGCACGCAAGACGCCAGAACAGGCACACUGAAUUAAUGGUAGGCAUCACGUACUACAACGAAGAGAAAUCCCUCCUAUCUCGAAGUCUGCAUAGUGUCGUGACAGCAUGCCGCAGAAUCCAUGUCCUCAAACGCCAUGACUUCUGGAACAAGGGUGGACCCGCUUGGCAGAAGCUCGUUGUCUGCAUCACUAUUGACGGGCUCAGGGCUGCUGACCGAGGAGCCUUGGACGUGCUUGCUGCUAUUGGAGUUUAUCGACAUGGUUUACUGAGAGAAACCGUGAAUAACAAGCCUGUUCGCGCACACGUGUUCGAAUACACCACCGAGCUCUCGGUGACGGAAGACCUCAAGAUUGGAGGGCUCAAGAGUUCACAGUUUGCAAACUUGACAAAUCCUUCUCCCGGUCCUACCCAGUUCAUCUUAAUCAUCAAAAACGAGAACUACGGAAAACUCAACUCUUAUCGAUGGCUCUACAACUCGGUGUCAAGAAUACUCAACCCUGAGGUCGUUGUGCACCUCGACACGGGAACUAAGAUUGAACCAACCGGCUUGCUAUCAGUGUGGAACAAGUUCUACUACGACAGGGAUCUCGGUGGGGUGUGUGGUGAACUGAAGGCUUCUACUGGCAAGACUUGGACGAACAUCCUGAACCCCUUGGUCGCGGCCCAACACUUCGAGUAUAAGAUCGGGUUCCAGCUGGAUAGGACAUUCGAGUCAGCUACAGGAUACUUGGCUCUACUUCCGGGGGCCUUUUCUGCCUGGAGAUUCCGGGGACAGAUGGGAAAGCCUCUCGAAGACACUCUUCUCGGAGACCCAACUGUAAUACAGACGAAGAGUUCUCAGAGACCGUGGAAUCUCAACAGAUACUUGGCCGACGAUCGUGUUAUUUGCUUCCAAGUCGUCAGCAAAGCAGGUCAAAAAUGGCAUCUCGAGUACGAUAGCUCGAUCGUUGCCAGAACGGACAUUCCAACCUCUACGGUGGAUUUCAUUAACCAGCGAAGGAGAUGGUUGAACGGCGCGUUCUUCUCUACCAUCUACGUCGUCACACACUGGGGCCGCAUGUAUCGUUCUGGACACAACAUUCUGAGACUGGCGGCCUUUCAUCUACAGUUGUUCCACAAUAUCCUCGCUCUCAUCCUAGCCUGGUUCUCUCUCGCGGCCUUCUUACUCACUACUUUUACGAUCAACGAUAUCGCAGGCGAUCCUCCGGAAGGCAAGCAAAUCAGCGGUUUCCCGUUUGGCAAGGCCACUCCGACCGUCAAUGCCGUCCUCCAGAUCGUCUACCUGGCCAUGAUUCUGUUUCAGUUCAUCUUGGCCUUGGGAAGCCGACCGAAGAACCAUGUCGUUGGGUAUACAGUGUCGUUUCUCAUGUUUGGCUUCAUCCAAGUCUACAUGAUGAUGAACCUGAUCUAUCUUACAAAACGGCUCGUCGAUUUUCGUCUGGAGAAUGAUAAUGGCAGUAACUAUGCCUAUAUUAAUGAAUACUUUACAGACCUGGGACCUGCGACAAUCAUCACAGCAGGAAUAUCGAUAUUUGGCGUGUACAUCGCCGUCGGUUUCUUGGCUCUGGAUCCAUGGCAUCUCUUCACUUCAUACGCCCAGUUCUUGUUCGUAUCAUCUUCCUACGUCAACAUCCUCAACAUCUUUGCCUUUAGCAACGUCCAUGACGUCUCCUGGGGCCACAAAAGCAAGCGGCAAGAGCUUCCAUCACAAGAACCUUCCCGGAAUUACCUACUACUAGCCGAAACGCGAAAUCGUGUCUCUGGAGCCAGCAACGCAAGCCUUCACGAAGAUAUCCACCUCAUUGACGCCGAGUAUGAAAAGGUCGUUAUUCAAGCCUUGACGCCAGACCCGGUGGUGAAAACGGAGAAGCAGCCGAAUCAGAGCGACUCGCUACUGGAGUUUCGAACAGUUCUCCUUGCUAGCUACAUCUUUUCCAACUUUUUCCUCUGUCUCAUCAUUCUCAACGACAGCUUGAAGCCUCUGGCGUUUCUUGGGUCAAGCUACUGGCACAAGAUUAGGUUCUUUCAGUUCUGGCUGUGGGCCAAUUCGGUUAGCUUCCUGCUCCGUUUCGCAGGGAGCUUUUAUUAUUACUUCAUGAGGUAUCGCAACAAGUUGUUUCGGCGGCGCUAUUAG